AUGAGUGAGGAGUUUGCGGAUGCGAUAUUCCACCUGGUGCGAGAGAAAUACACAGAGCUGGCCGGCUGCUCCUCGCUGCUGCAUGCGCGUCACAAAGGCCUGGCGGGCAUCAUCAUGACCAGAGGUCUGGAUCUGAGACAGGCCCAAGUGGUGGCGCUAUCGACCGGCACUAAAUGCAUUAAUGGAGAGUAUAUCAGUGACCAGGGUCUGGUGGUCAAUGACUGUCACGCUGAAAUCACCACCAGACGAGCACUGCUGCGCUUCCUGUACUCCCAACUAGAGUUACACCUCAGCAAAAGGAAAGAGGACUGGGAGCAAUCGAUCUUCGUACGGCACAAAGAUUCCUGUUUGAGACUCCGAGAGAACGUCCUCUUCCACAUGUACAUCAGUACGUCGCCCUGCGGGGACGGCCGUGUCAACUCGCCGUAUGAAAUCACCUCUGAUUUGCACAGCAACAGACACUUGGUGAAGAAGUUUCACAGCCACCUACGGACAAAGAUUGAAUCAGGGGAGGGUACGCUGCCCUUGAAGUCCACAGGUCCCUUUCAGACGUGGGACGGAGUCCUUCAAGGAGAGCGUCUCAUCACCAUGUCAUGCACCGACAAGAUUUCCAGGUGGAAUGUGCUCGGCCUGCAGGGGGCGUUGCUUAGUCAUUUUGUGGAGCCGGUGUACCUGUACAGCCUGACAGUGGGCAGCUUAAGACACACGGGUCACUUCUCCAGGAUGAUGAACCACAGGUUGGAGAGAGUCGGUCCUCUGCCUACCUGCUACCACCGUAACCAGCCUCUACUGAGCGGCCUGAGCAACAGCGACUGCAGGCAGCAGGGGAAGUCCGUGUGUUACAGUGUCAAUUGGACGGCAGGUGACACCCAACUGGAGGUGCUCAACGCAUCUACUGGGAAGAGAAGAGACUCCGGGGCUCCGUCCAGACUUUGCAAGCAUGCGCUUUUUGCACGUUGGAUCAGACUCUAUCGCAAGCUGGUGGUCCGUGGGGCGAGUGGUACGCCGCUGUACUGUGAAGCAAAGCAGGCGGCCGGCACCUACCAGACUGUGAAGCUGCAGUGGUUGAAGGGUCUACAGGAAGCAGGAUUAGGGACCUGGGUCAGAAAACCUCCCGAGCAGGAAAACUUCACUCUGACUGUAUGAGUGCGGAAGCCUGACCUCGUCACAAAAAACACCUUCACCUUGCAACCAGUCGCCACAGAAGCCCUAUUUCACCCCUAAAGUCAACAACAUCCCACUGCCACAAAAUCUCCACAGGGAGAUGACAGGAGUCACGACUAGGUGGUAAACUUUGUUCUGUCAAACUCUCGCAAAAUGUUGCUACCAAGGUAAGGAUGAGGCACAGGAGGAUUCUGUACCUUGCCUUUUAUGGCUUCUGUAGAGAGGGGUACGGUUAGUGUUUUUUUCCAGACCAGUAAAGCGCAAACCACCCCGGAGCCGAUUCUAUAGAUUUCAUUGGUCAUGUCAGUCACAAUGCUGAAUACUAACCUAUUAACCUGAACCUGAGUAACCUAGUGUUGGAAGCGCAUCCCCAAUACAUAGCAUUACUAUUUGUUGCAAUUAAAUCCCUGCCAAAUGUCUGGACUUUAAGUCAGGUUGACUUUGUGAUAGGGUUGACCAAUGACAUAGACUGAGGGGAGGGAUUUGCGCUUAACUGAUAUAUAAAAAUAAAAAACAUGUGUACGGUUAAUGUUCCGACAUCAUGAAAGAUCCUACAGUAUACCCCCGUCCUCAACAUUUGAUUAAAACAUAGAAUAGUGUACCACCUUGUUCUAGCUAGUCAAAAAAAGUUCCCCAACCACCGAGUGCUAUGCUAAGCUAGAAGGCUAAGCUAAGAACAAAUUCAACACAAAAUUAUUUUCUUGCAUUUCUAAUCAGGCUCAGAAUUGAAUACCUAAAAUGUUAUGGAAUUGCUUUUGUGUCCAAAGAGGAUAGGAUCUUACAGGACAUCGAAAGCAAUGGAUUCUACUGCUAGGGUUGUCAAAUGUUCGGUAUAAUAUGGAAUCGUUCCAUAUUUAAGGCAUCACAGAAGCAUGUCCCAUAUUCGCAGGUAUACGCCGUAAGACCUAGACCAGGGGUGCCCAAUCCUGCUCCUGGCGAUCGACUGUCCUGCAAAGUUCAGC